AUCACGGCUUGCGGCAACGAAUAAAGCUCCGCCAGAGCGGCGCCCUGGGCGAUAGCUGGGCGGGCGGCCCCGGCCGGGAGCGGCCGCCCGUGCGCUACCGUGAGGAGUGAGCCGCUGAGGCGACCUCCGGCCCGGCCUCGCACUAGCAGCCCGGCAGGCGCGACAUGAGCCUGUUCUGCCAUCCGCGGGAUGCUCGUUGAGCCCCUUCUUUGGCUGUUACCGGGGGAUGGUUGUGGCCACACCGACUCGUAUUUUCCAUAUAAAUCAUUGUUUAUUCUUGCGGUGGCGGGGCCGAACACGCUUAUUUAUUUAUAAUUUUCUCAACAAGUUUUACCCAGCACUUAUCCAGUGAAACAACUCGGUAACCGUUUCAAGGGAGCAUCCGCUUGGUUAGGAAAUCUCAGACUGAGCAGCUUGUGGAAGCCAGCAUUUGCAACGUCCUCUUCGCAUGCUUUGAAGAUCCUUGCGUCUUCCUGUAACUACCACUGUGCGCAGAAUCCCGCUCAAGGAACGUCUUGGUCCAGCGAUGCAAAGAACUGACGUUUCAAGGUUUUAUUUCUAUUGUUAGAUCUGGAUUUCCCCAACGACUCGGAACUGUUCAGUAGCCAGCUAAAGUGGAUCCCCUAGUGCACGCCCUUCUCUCUCCUCUUCCAGCCUGUCCAAGUGCUUUUGUUGACUGGAAGAGCCGGUAUUGUCCUCAUUAUAGUAUAGAAGAAUUCAAGAUAAAAGAGGCAGUAGCAAAUGAAGACUAUAAAAGGAAAGAAGAAGGAACAUCAAAGAUUGAGAAAAUCUGCCAAGACAAGGAGGGUAACCCAGAGGAAGCCUUCUUCAGGGCCUGUUUGCUGGCUAUGCCUUCAAGAACCUGGGGAUCCCGAGAAAUUAGGGGAAUUUCUUCAGAAAGACAAUCUCAGUGUGCAUUAUUUCUGUCUUAUCUUAUCUAGCAAGCUGCCUCAGAGGGGCCAGUCCAAUAGAGGUUUCCAUGGAUUCCUGCCUGAGGACAUCAAAAAGGAGGCAGCCCGGGCCUCUAGGAAGAUCUGCUUUGUGUGCAAGAAAAAGGGAGCUGCCAUCAACUGCCAGAAGGAUCAAUGCAUCAGAAACUUCCAUCUUCCUUGUGGCCAGGAAAGGGGUUGCCUUUCACAAUUUUUUGGAGAGUACAAAUCAUUUUGUGGGAAACAUUGCCCAACACAGGACAUCCGAUGGGAGAAUGUGGGGGAGGAAAGCUGUGUCUUGUGCUGUGAAGACUUAUCCCAAGCAAGUGUUGAAAACAUCCAGAGCCCGUGCUGUAGCCAAACUAUCUACCACCGCAAGUGCAUACAGAAAUAUGCCCACACAUCAGCAAAGCAUUUCUUCAAAUGUCCACAUUGCAACAAUCGAGAAGAAUUUCCUCAAGAAAUGCUAAGAAUGGGAAUUCAUAUUCCAGACAGAGACGCUGCUUGGGAACUCGAGCCAGGGGCUUUCUCGGAGUUGUAUCAGCGCUAUCAGCAUUGUGAUGCCCCCAUCUGUGUGUAUGAACAAGGCAGAGACAGCUUUGAGGAUGAAGGGAGGUGGAGCCUCAUUCUGUGUGCUACAUGUGGAUCCCACGGAACCCAUAGGGACUGCUCCUCUCUCAGAUCCAACUGUAAGAAAUGGGAGUGCGAGGAGUGUGCGCCUGCUGCUGAAGCCACAGUACACACCUGACAACUCAGGUGACAUCCCCUGUUGCAGCAGCACCUUCCACUCCAGGGGGCAUUUCUGCAGAGACACCAGCCUGGAAGAGAA